AAUUUUUUCAUUUCGUGUAUUUUGAAAGUUGUGGCUAUAACUGUUAAAAAUGUGAAAGUUGCGGCUAUGGAAAUGUAUUUUGCCUAAAAUAUUUGUAAAAUUAAUUAUGGCGUAACAUCUACGUGGCAAGUGAUGUUGAGUUCCGCUGACAGUAAUAGAGGAGUAGCUUUAGCCCGAGCUAGCCCUGAAUUUGUCUCUCCUUAGCAAAACAAUGUGUAAAGUUGGAUUCAGUUAGAAACUCAGUAUGCUUAUUGUUUAACUAUUCACUGGAUCAAUAGGAUUAUAGGAAGACUGUUAUUCGAGUUUGGCCAUGUAUUUUUAACAAUUUAAUCAUGGACCCAUUAGAACAAUAAUAAACACAACUUUCGAUAGGAUUAAAUUUUAAUUGCUAAAGCCUCUCUCGCGAAUAUGCCGUGAGCCAUGUCCUAGUUAUUUUUAGAAGAAGGCACCAAAACUGCAUUGGUUGUCAAGCCGGUGGUAUAUGUUGGCUGGUAUAACCGAGUUCAACCGAUGAUGGUUCAAAAUCAUGAUUGAUUUUUGAAAUUUAAACAAAAUGACGUUGUUUUGGUAAUUUUAAUUAAAAAGUAAUCACUUUUAUUUAUUUCCCGAAUAUGUUAAUGUUGUUUGUUGGAUUCAAAUAUGAAUGUGUAGAUGAUCCUGGUUUAGGAUGAACGAUUGCAGCAUACACAUGUAAGUCGGACAUGGUAUAUGUAAAUAUUAUAUUUAAAUAUGAGAAUUUUAUUUUGUUUGAAAUGUUGUGUUUACUUAAAUAUGUCUUCUCUGUAACGUUCCAAGUUUAUCGGGUAUCCCCGAAGGAAUGUAGUUUAUUUAUGUUUGAGCCCGGGCGACUGGGCGUCACUCGGGUCCAAGGGGUUUGGGGCGUCAGCCAUGACCUUGAAGGGGUAGGCGCCCCGCCUCGUCAGAAGUAAGAAAAGAGAAGAAGUAUAUAGAGAGAGAAAGUAGAGAGAAGUAAUAGUAAGAGUAGAUAGAUUGUCAUUUAUGAGGAGAGAACUCCUAUUUAUACACAUUUGAGGGUUAGGUAGUGGUCUGGGCGCCUGCCAAGCCAUAAAUGCUCUGGUCGGGCGCCUCAGACUCUCUGACACUGUUCAUAGUCCUUUUGGCAGAGGGUGUCCCCCUGCCCCUUGUCCUUGCUGAUGUCAGGUGCCUGGGCUUGUCUCUUGUCUCCCAGCCUUGUCUUUUUGCUCUUGUCUUCUUUCCUUCUUUAUGCCAUUAGCUAGGGUAUUAUUUCCUUAGUUACUAGGUCUUGGCUUCUCUUGGACUCUUCUUGUAGACCUUCUCCAAGUAUUAUACUUUACCUUCAUACCCUAUCAUUGCCCCUUUGACGUCGGUAUGAGUAUCAUGGCGGCGUCAACAUAAAGUGAGUGUUUCACUAACCUUGCUUUCUCGUCUUCACAAUCAAGUGCCAGCUCUCUUUCUUUAGUUAAUCGGCACCAGGCUCUUCCUUUGAAGUGGGUGCUUCAUUCCCUUAUUGAUCUUCUGAUCUGUUGAGCGCUUGUGCACCCGUGUGGGUGUGCUUGCUUCCAAAUAAGGUGUAGUAAAAUGAGGAAGAAUAAACACAUGUCUCAAGUAACGGAGACUAUCAAAAGAAGCAAUCAUGCCCCUUUUAUCAAGCGCUUGACGCUUGCAUUCUUCCGUUCUUCAUCAAUUAUUUCCUAAGUGACUAUUCUUUCAUCUUAGAGGAUGUGCCUACGCUCGUGUUAGAGUAUUCAAUCUAUCUUGACAAUCAAAUGAAGUUGAAACAAACUUGUCAGUUUUCCUUUGAUUGUGCCUUGCCCAUUUGAAACGAGCGCCUAGCGCUCUUUUCCCAUUUUUUCUUUUUGCCAAAAGAUACCACUGAUAUUGAAAUGCUUUCCAUUCAUUGUCUAAGAUGCUCCAUUUUUCUUUCGAUUACUUGUGCUCUUUUAGAAGAGUGCUUGUUUCAAUUCUUUGGCUAAGCACUGGUCACCGAGCUUGUCGUUAGUGUCCCUAAGACCCAAACUCAACGAGGUGUCUGGCGACUCGCUCAUUUGUCGAUGUGUCUGACCUUCAGUUGGGCGCCUGACAUCUUACUCCUUAGCGAGGUGCCUGACCUUCAGUGGGGUGCCUGACGCCUCACUCCUUCGCUUAUGUCUUUGGUAAGCAUUUGUCACCCAGCUUGUCCUUUGUUGCCGUAAGAUCCAUAGUCAACGAGGUGCCUGGUGACUUGCUCAUUUGUCGAGGUGUCUGACCUUCAGUUGGGCCCCUGGCACCUCACUCCUUCAGCGAGGCGCCUGGAACCACACUACUUCAGCGAGGUGCCUAACCUUCAGCGGUGUACAUGGCGACUCGCUCCUUUGUCGCGGUGUUUGACAUUUGAUAGGGUGCCUGACACCUCACUCCUUCGGUGAGGUGUUUGGCGACUCGCUCUUUUACAUAGGUUUUUGACAUUCAGUUGAGCGCCUGUCACCUCACUCCUUCAUCGAGGCGCCUGGCACCACACUCCUUCAGCCAGGCGCCUAACCUUGAGUGGGGCACAUGGAGACUCGCUCCUUUGCCGAGAUGUCUGACCUUCAGUUGGGCGCCUGGCACCUCACUCUUUUAGCGAGGCGCCUGGCACCGCACUCUUUCAUCGAGGUGCCUAACCUUCAGUGGGGCGCCAUGCACCUCACUCCUUCAUCCAGACGCCUUCAACUAGACGCCUAUCCUUCAUCGAGGCGCCUGGCACCACACUCCUUCAGCCAAGCGCCUAACCUUGAGUGGGGCACAUGAAGACUCGCUCAUUUGCCGAGAUGUCUGACCUUCAGUUGGGAGGCUGGCACCUCACUCUUUUAGCGAGGCGCCUGGCACCGCACUCUUUCAGCGAGGUGCCUAACCUUUAGUGGGGCGCCAGGCACCUCACUCCUUCAGCCAGGCGCCUAUCCUUGAGUGGGGCGCCUGACACCUCACUCCUUCAGCCAGGCGCCUAACCUUGAGUGGGGCACAUGGUAACUUGCUCAUUUGCCGAGGUGCCUGACCUUCUGUGGCACCUCACUCCUUCAGCGGGCGCCUGGCACCACACUCUUUCAGCGAGGUGCCUAACCUUCAGUGGGGCGCCAGGCACCUCACUCCUUCAGCUAGGCGCCUUCAACUAGACGCCUAUCCUUGAGUGGGGCGCCUGACACCUCACUCCUUCAGCCAGGCGCCUAACCUUGAGUGGGGCACAUGGUAACUUGCUCAUUUGCCGAGGUGCCUGACCUUCAGUUGGGCGCCUGUCACCUCACUCCCAGGCACCUCACUCCUUCAGCCAGGCGCCUUCAGCCAGGCGCCUAUCCUUGAGUGGGGCGCCUGGCACCUCACUCCUUCAGCCAGGCGCCUAAUCUUGAGUGGGGCACAUGGUGACUUGCUGAUUUGCCAAGGUGCCUGACCUUCAGUUGGGCGCCUGGCACCUCGACAAUGGAGUGUGGUGCCAGGCUUCUUCUCGACGGAGGAAGCGAGCUAUAUGAGCUCCAUCUGUCUAAGCAAGGAUAUUUAGAGGGAUGUGUUGGGGACAUCGGCUCUCAUGGGGACCUGGGAUCCAGGUGCCCGACGCUCAACUAAAAAGUCGAGCGGAAGCUUUAAGGUUCUUACUCUUUGGCGAGAAAGAGAGCGGUUGGGCUCCACACCCUUGUCCGUUUGGUGGUACUCCCCACAUCAUUGCAUUGGCGCUCCUGAAAAGGAAAUAAUGCACCAGGGCUUCUCCUCGACAGACGAAGCGAGCUAUAUGAGCUCCUUCUGUCUAAGCAGAGAAAUUUCGAGGGAUGUGUUGGGGACAUCGCCUCUCAUGGGGACCUGUUAUCCGGGCGCCCGAAAUUCAACUAAAGAGUCGAGCACAAGCUCUAAGGCUCUUCCGUGUUUGCGGGAAAGAAAGCGGUGGGGUUCAACACCCUUAAUCGUUGGUGGUGCUCCCCAAAGCAUUGCACCAGCGCUCCUAAAAAGGAAAUAACGCGCUUAGCUUCUCCUCGACAGAGGAAGCGAGCUAUAUGAGCUCCAUCUGUCUAAGCAUGGAAAUUUAGAGGGAUGUGUUGGGGACAUCGCCUCUCAUGGGGACCUGUUAUCCAGGCGCCCGAAAUUCAACUAAAGAGUUGAGCACAAGCUCUAAGGCUCCUCCGUGUUUGCGGGAAAAAAAGCGGUGGGGUUCAACACCCUUAACCGUUGGUGGUGCUCCCCAAAGCAUUGCACCAGCGCUCCUGAAAAGGAUAUAACGCGCUUAGCUUCUCCUCGACGGAGGAAGCGAGCUAUAUGAGCUCCAUCUGUCUAAGCAGGGAAAUUUCGAGGGAUGUGUUGGGGACAUCGCCUCUCAUGGGGACCUGUUAUCCAGGCGCCCGAAGUUCAACUAAAGAGUUGAGCACAAGCUCUAAGGCUCUUCCGUGUUUGCGGGAAAAAAAGCGGUAGGGUUCAACACCCUUAACCGUUGGUGGUGCUCCCCAAAGCAUUGCACCAGCGCUCCUGAAAAGGAUAUAACGCGCUUAGCUUCUCCUCGACGGAGGAAGCGAGCUAUAUGAGCUCCAUCUGUCUAAGCAGGGAAAUUUCGAGGGAUGUGUUGGGGACAUCGCCUCUCAUGGGGACCUGUUAUCCAGGCGCCCGAAAUUCAACUAAAGAGUUGAGCACAAGCUCUAAGGCUCCUCCGUGUUUGCGGGAAAAAAAGCGGUGGGGUUCAA